AUGGCAGAAUAUACGCGUGAUCCUUGUCCGUACCGGAUACUGGAUGAUUGUGGGGGAGCGUUUUCUAUGGGUGUGAUCGGGGGUUCAGUAUUUCACAGUAUAAAAGGUUUCAGAAAUGCACCAAGUGGUAAUUUCAGAAGAAUGUAUGGCAGUCUUGCUAUGGUCAGAGAAAAGGCACCUAUUACUGGGCGCAAUUUUGCAGUGUGGGGAUUUUUAUUUUCAUCAAUAGAUUGUUUAUGUGUAUAUGUUCGGAAGAAGGAAGAUCCAUGGAACUCUAUAUUUAGUGGGGCUGCUACAGGGUUUGCAUUGUCUUUCAGGGAUGGGUUAAAAAAGGGUGUUGGCUCAGCAGUAGUUGGUGGGGUAUUAUUAGCUAUGAUUGAAGGAAUGGGUAUUUUAUUUACAAGAUAUUCUGCAGAACAGUUUAAUCCAGGUAACUUCCAUUUUUCACCUGUUUUUCAGAUCUUGUUGUUCUGA